GUCCUGCAUUCUGAACCUAAUCCCAUUUACCAUAGAGAUAUCCGUUGGCCUAACAUCUUGAGGAGUUCUGCGGAUACUAGCAAGUGGCUCUUGAUUGAUUGGGAAGACUCUUCCAUCGCUCCAACACGCGCUGCCCCUCAUCUCAAUUCCCUCAGUCACCACCCGAAAGUAUUCUCUGAUGGACAUGGUGCAGAGGUCGACCUUUGGUCUGUUGGGAAGCUACUAUCUUCUCAGGAGCACAGAUAUCGCCGCGGAGACGCCCGUCCUAUAAUGGAUAUUUCAGCGGACCUUGUCACUGGGCGCAUUCAGUCAGCGGAUAGCAUUGAAAGGUUAUUCAUAUCUUUAGGGGCCUAG